AUGAGUCGAGGUCCUCUGGCGUCUCCGUCGGCUGAGCUGGGUCUGUCCACCGUUCUGUACAACAUUCCUCGAGUUUGGCAGGAUGCGUACCGCAACACGUUAUAUUCGUCGAACCUCGCCGGCGAUGGCAAGGACGAUUCGUCGUUCGAAAGCGAUCCGCUCGGCGCGGCGGACGACAACAUUUCGACCUCGACCUACGAUGUGGCAUUCGGCGCUUCUGCAAACGACACGAUCUCGCCAUAUGCGAUUCCGCAUACGAAUUUCAACUUCCUGAUUAUCAUGCUUUUCGGCGGUUUCUUUUCCUUCAUAACCGUGCUGGGCAACGUGAUGGUGAUGAUCAGCUUCAAAAUGGAUAAACAGCUACAGACGAUUUCGAACUAUUUUCUGCUCAGUUUGUCGAUCGCCGAUUUCUCCAUAGGCAUCAUAUCGAUGCCGUUGUUCACGUAUUAUACGCUCUUCGGCUACUGGCAUCUCGGGCCAUUCAUCUGCGACACCUGGCUGGCCUGGGACUACUUAACGAGCAACGCAUCCGUACUAAAUCUCCUGAUCAUUUCGUUCGAUCGAUAUUUUUCGGUUACGCGCCCGCUCACAUACAGAGCUCGUCGGACGACUCGUGGUGCGGCGAUCAUGAUCGCUUCGGCGUGGCUCGUAUCGCUGCUUCUAUGGCCGCCGUGGAUCUACGCCUGGCCGUAUAUUGAAGGCAAGCGGUCGGUGAAAGAAGGCGACUGCUAUAUUCAGUUCCUAGAAACGAACAUCUACAUUACGUUCGGCACCGCGUUGGCGGCGUUCUACGUGCCCGUUUGUAUCAUGAUCAUCUUGUACUGGCGAAUUUGGAGAGAGACCGAAAAGCGGCAGAGAGAUCUCACGCACCUUCAAGCCGGCAAGAAACCCCCGCCCCCGAGCACGGGCAGUAAAAGGUCUAUGAGCAGUCAGGACGACGACGCUGAUUUCCGCAAAAACAGCAGCCUAUACGUAGAGACAUGUAAAUACCUUCCCACUUCGUCGGCCGAUCCCAAUGGACCCGGCUCCUUGUGUCGGGUCCAAACCCCGCCUCGGUCGACGUCGUCUCGAGAAAUGCGGCCCCGUCAACGCUUCAGGAGAAUGCUUCUAUCGUGGUGCAGAACGAACCCCGACGCGCAUCAGCCCAACGAUAUCCUAGAGCGAGAUGACGAUUCUGGCUCGAGUCAUGGCUCUCCCAGUGCACAAACCCCCGCUUCGGCCGAAACCCCGGUCCGGACGGACGUUCAAUUUAGGCCUUUAACUCAAAGCAUUCGGAAACGGGCCACGGAACGAGGGGCCGCCGCAACGACCCCCGGCGGCUCCGCCAAAAGCGGUGGCAGCGGCGGCUCUGGUGCAGGUGGUGAUUCCACAUCGGGAAUGAACACCUUGAACAGUUGCCGUGGAAAGUCAGCGACUACUUCAGCCAGGUCGUUUUCUAGCGAUUCCGUCUACACAAUCCUAAUCCGACUACCGACGCAAAACAGCGUGGACGUUGACGGCGAGACAUCGCAGCCAUCGAUUCGGAUGAUUCUCGAAGAGGAGCCUCUCGUCGUGCGGCAGAAUCUAUCCUCGCUCACGACCACUGGUCACCAUCAUCACCAGCAGCAGCAGCAACAGUCACAACAACAAUCACAUCUGCAUCAAACGCAUCCACAGGCCAAGACCAUGAUGGCUUCGACGACGGGUACGACAACGAUUACGGCCCGGGAACGAUUAGCCCUCAACAAUCGCCUGGUCACCACAGGAACUACGAAAAAGACGCCCAAAAAGAAACGGAAGCACCAAGAACGAAGGCAGGAACGUAAGGCCGCCAAAACGUUAUCGGCCAUCCUGCUGGCUUUCAUCAUCACGUGGACACCGUACAACGUCCUCGUGCUCAUCAAGACUCUGAGUCCUUGUGAAGGCGACGAGACUUGCAUUCCUCAAGGUCUGUGGAAUUUCGCCUACUGUCUUUGUUACAUCAACAGUACAGUGAACCCGUUAUGCUAUGCGCUGUGCAACGCCAACUUCCGUCGAACCUACAUGCGGAUUCUGACAUGUAAAUGGCACACGUCAAAACAGAGGAAUCGGGGUUACUUUAAUUGA